UGUCAACAAUGAGUCUCGCGCACUAAUAACUCUGUAUAAACAUAAACACAAAGUGUACAAAGGUACGUCAAUAUUUGAUAACAUAGAUUUUUGUCACGGUGGCUGACAACGUAUUGCAAGAGCUCAGUAGUUGGUCCUACGUUUGAUCAGGUCUUACGCGAUGGGGGAUCUGAGCGCCGUACCGCAGGAGAAGAUCGUAGAUUAUCUUCUGGAACGUUUGGAAAGCGGUCAGAUUUACACAUGGGUUGGCAGCCUUCUUCUGGCGAUCAACCCCGACAAGAUCGCCACCGAGAAUAUUUACGAUCUUGCGCGAGCUUACAAAUACGAUAACAUAUGUGAUAUGAGCCACAAGGAAGUAUCGCCUCACAUAUUCGCCGUGGCUGCCCGGGCGCGUUACAGGAUUAUUCAAGGUCUCGGGAAACCAAGCCAGGUGAUAGUCUUGAGCGGCGAAACGGGAACAGGAAAGACCUUCAACGCAUGGAAGGCGUUGGAAUUCCUGAUCAGAAACGGCGCAUCCUCCCACAUUCAUGAGAGAAGAGACGGGGUUUACAAUAUCUUGCAUAAGAUUUCGGACGCCUGCCGUUUGAUAUCGGCUUUCACAACCGCGUCCACCGAAAGAAACACAGUCAGCUCGAGACAUGUGCAACUCGUAUGGCUUGAGUACAAAAUGGGUGAAAUAUGCGGCGCUACGAUAUCCUCUCAUUUCCUGGAAAGGGAUAGAGCCACGAAAGGGUUCCACAAUUUUCAGAUAUUUCAUCAGAUGAUAACUACGAUAGGAGGCAUAGAGCUCGCGAACACCGGAUUGUCGAGAGAAGUGCAAUCAAUGCUGAGGACCCGCGGCUGGGAUUCUAUAAGAAUGCGCCAGGAGUUCCGCGGCGGUUUCUAUGCGACCCAACAGGCGAUGGAUACGCUAGGAUUUACAAAUAAUCAGAAAAACGAUGUUUUCCUCGUUCUCUCCCUGCUCGUUCAUAUGGCAGACAUACAGUUCGUGCAGAACGACGACUAUUGCACGAUUGACAUCGUUGAUGAACAAUCUAGAAGAGCCCUGGAGAACACGUGCCGGCUCGCCUGCGUUGAGGAAGAGGACAUCAUCGAAUUGCUUACAACCACCUUGAUAAAUCCUCACAGUAACUGUCGCCGGCACUCCACAUACCGGCGUAAUCUCAACACGAGUGACGUCUGUCGCUACCGAUUGCAUAGCAUCAUCCGCCACUUGUAUGAUCUUCUCUUCCACUGGUUGAUCAACUUAGUGAAUGAGGUCUUGACCGCCCAUCUGUACAGCGAACGAUUGGGAAUAUUGGAUAUCUUCGGUUUUGAGUGCUUUGAUUUCAACGGCAUCGAGCAACUUUGCAUUAAUUAUGUCAACGAGAGAAUACAGCAGUACUUCGUGGAAAAAUAUCUGGUCUCCUACCGGAACGAUCUGCAAAAGGAGGGUCUUAUCGAUUAUGAGGAACCGUCUAAAAUCAUGCAAUCGUACGAAGACCGCAUAAAUACAAUCGAGAUAUACUUGUUCGCUACACUAAACGAUGUAAUUGUCUUAAAGCUAUGUCUGUCGACAAUUUCGAACGAUUCGUCCACGUUAAUACGCCAAAUAUGCGCCAAGAGUUGCCCCGCGACGAGGCGAUAUUUAAAUGUGAGGAAUGAAAAUUUCGUUGUACGACACUACUGUGAUAUCGUGAAAUAUUCUGCUUACGAGCUAUGUUCCAAAAAUACCGACAAGAUUCCGGACGAAAUAACCAUAACAUUCAACGUGAGUGAGAACAAGUUUUUAUACUCCUUAAUUAAUAAAAGUAAGCCGGAUGACGGAAAGGCGAAAAAGUCUACGAUGCUGUCUAAGCUGCGAUGUAAUGUGGACCUGCUAAUAGAGGAGCUAAAUAAAUGCGACAUGCAUUACGUUCGCUGCAUUAAGCCACAGCGACGUAAGUGGAACAGCCCUGAAUGGGACCGAGACGAGCUUCACAGGCAGCUGGCUAAUGCGGGUAUUCUUGAUGUUUUACCUCUGGCCAAAGUUAAAUAUCCAAUCCAGUUUGUGUACAAAGAUUUCUUGAAACGCUAUGCUAGAAGCACAAAACCUUCCUGUAACUUACGUACCGCUUGUAAAAGAAUAUUGGAGUCAUCCCGCCAAACGUUGGAUGAUGAUAACUCAUCGGUGUAUUAUGGGAAACAUUUAAUUUUCAUGAGAGAAUCCAUGUUUCUGCGAUUGGAGUCUGCGAGGAAGCGAUAUCGUGUCGAAUGUGUCAAGAAGAUAGAAUCUUUUUGGAUAAAGUAUAAAAUAAACACAGAAAAUCAGUUGCAAAAAAAUUUAGAAGAAAAUAUCGUUAAUGAUAAACGAAUUAGUGUUCAAUAUGAGCAGUCUCAAUUCGAGAAAUCCUUGUCAGAAUUUGAACAAAUUAUACCAGUACAAGAUAUUCCAUUUUCAAUAUCAGGAAAUUAUGGAGAGAUGGUAGUAAGAAUAGCAAAAAAAACUGCAUACAUAUUAAAUUGGUUGGACGAUGUGAAUAGAGAGAAAGAUUCAAAAAAUUAUACAUCCAUAUUGGAACAGCUGCGAGAAAAUUACAGUGACCAAUCAGACAAUUCAAAUUGCAACCAGGACAAUCAAGCACGUGGUGCUUCCCAUAAGUUCGCAGAUGAUGAUAAUAAUGAUGGCCAUAACAAUAAUAAUAAGUUACAUAACAAUAACCUUUGUAUGCGAAAUAGACAUGAGAAGAAUCUUGGAUAUUUUAACGAAGUAAGUAGCAUUAAUAAUAAUAUAUUUUACAUAUAUUAUAUUAUUAAUGCUAUUUGUCAUAGCCGCAACAAUAUACUUUAUCUGUUUAUAAUCACGGAAAACUCUUAUUUAGAAGGAGGAUAUGUACAUCAUACAACACGACACUGUUACGCUAUUUUACAAAAAUGGGAUUUUGAGCCGACAACAUCCGGCAAAGGUAGAUAUCACGUAAAUUAGAAUUAUGAAAAAAAUUACAAAAUUAAAAAAUGUAUUUUAUUAACUCCCUUUAGCUACCAGUUAAAAUACACACUCGCCUAAAUAACUCGCAUUUGACGCACAUGGAGCUACCGCAAGGUCUACAGGAUUGUCUUUAAAAAAAAAAGAUUUGUACAAAUGUAACUCGUAAGACUUAGAAAAAUCCUUUCCCGUACUCUCCCGCUACACUUAUUAUAUACAAAAAAUUUUACAUAAUUUACAUAAUUUACAAAAAAAAAAUGUUAGUUUAGAGUAAAAAGACUUUACAUAGAAACUUUCAGGAACUUUUUUUCUUGACUGACGCAGACAGCAAUUUGUGUCAUAGAAAAUAAAAUUGACGAGAUGACAAUAAAACUUGGCAUCUAGAAAUCAUAAUAAAAGUAAAAAAAGUUUCAUGAAAAAGAAGCAAUGACGAUCUCUUUGAGUUUUAAUUAAUAGAAACGAUCCACUGAUAUAAUUAAUACAAAACGAAUAAUCAUGACAGCGUUCGUACAUACAUACAUACAUACCUACCUACAUACAUACAUACAUACAUACAUACAUACAUACAUACAUACAUACAUACAUACAUACAUACAUACAUACAUACAUACAUACAUACA